AUGCGUUUUCCCUCAACUACUGCUACUCUGGUCGCUGUCUUAGCCGUGCCCGCGUCGGUGACCUGGGCGUGUACGACAGUAGUUAUCUCUAAAGAGGCAUCAAGUACGGGUGUGGCCAUGCUAGCCCAUUCGGCCGAUUGCUUUAUUUGUGAUUCUAGAGUUGCUCUGGUGCCUGGUCGUGAUCACCAGGAAGGCGAACAGCAUGAUGUUUUCGGCAUUAAUCAGCCCUAUCCUCGAGCCUACAACGAUCGUGCUGCUAUUUACUUACCCCCGAACGGGAAGAACUUCACCGAGCCUAGUGCUAGGAUCCCUGAGGUACCGCGAACGUACGGUAUGUGGGAGUCCAACUAUCCCCUUAUGAACGAGGAAGGUCUCACGAUAGGAGAGUCUAGUACGACCUCCAAGGUCCCUGGUGGCUUCGGGGUUGAUCUUGCUGAUCCUAAGACUGGUGAAUACGGUGAGGCUAAGUUCAGUAUCAAGGAGCUCAUCCGUAUUGGGAUGGAGAGAUGCUCAACUGCUGAGUGUGCCAUCAAGGAGAUGGGCGCUACUGCUGUGAAGUAUGGCUUCUACCCUGAGUCUGUUGGAGCUGGUGAGUCACUCACCAUAGCAGACACCAACGGCUCCGCUUGGGUAUUUGAUAUUAGUCAUGACUCCACUGGUAAAUCUGCUAUUUGGGCUGCACAAAGGGUCCCUGCUGGUCACGUGGCAGCUGUUGCCAAUCAGUACACUAUCAAGGAGAUCGACGAGAACGAUCCGGAUGACUUUAUGUUCUCGCCUAAUGUGAAGUCGGAGGCCCUCAAGCUCGGCCUUUGGGAUGGUGAAAGUCCAUUUAGUUUCAUCGAAGCGUAUGGUGUGAACAACGAGAAGCCGAGUUACACUAGCAUUAGAUUCGAGGACCUCCUCUGGGUGGGCACACAGCAGGGUCGACUGGCUUCUAUGCAAUUCACGCCUAAUGGUGGACUCACCGACUACACACGUUUUCGGUUGGAGCGUAGUGUGGUUGAGGAGGGCUACGAUGGAGAGGGUGGUGGUUAUUCUCCAAUAUCUAAUGGUGGGGUUGUUGCCUCCUACAACCCAGUACAGCAUCUCUUAUUCGACCAAUCUGGCGUUAUAUCGGUCACUCCCCAUAGCAUUCAUUUUCAUACUAGGGGCGGCGUGCGGCACUAUAUAAUGGACGAUAAGACUAUACAUAGGAUGGGAUCAAAUGGCAACGUUAUACGCAGUGCUGAGUUCUACCAACCCAAUCCAUCACAUCUGGUAGUCGGUGGUGAGAAGAGGACAUUGUUUUUCGUGGAUAUGCAAGCGGGUUCCCUCAGCACCUUCAUAGACGUACGACGGUAG